AUGGCUGUGUAUUACAAAUUUAAGAGUGCUAGAGAUUAUGAUUCAAUCUCAAUGGACGGUCCAUUUAUAUCCGUUGGUACUUUGAAAGAAAAAAUUUUUGAAUCAAAGCAUUUGGGGAGGGGUACAGACUUCGACCUUCUUGUUACUAAUGCCCAAACUAAUGAAGAAUAUCUUGAUGAAGCAAUGUUAAUUCCCAAAAAUACCUCUGUAUUAAUACGCCGGGUUCCAGGAAGGCCUCGCUUGCCCAUUGUUACAGAGCAAGAGCCAAAGUUGGAAAAUAAAGUGGAGGACACCCUUCCAGAUAAGAGUAGUUUUACUGGUGCUGAUUCAUCUGCCAUGAAUUAUACUGAAGACAACGAAUGGGAUGAAUUUGGAAAUGAUUUAUAUUCCAUUCCUGACGUACUGCCUGCUCAGUCUAAUAAUCCACCUCCUGAUGUGGCCCCUACAAACAAGGCUGAUGAGGACGACAGAAUUAAGGCGUUAAUUGAUACUCCAGCUUUGGACUGGCAGCGUCAAGGUGCUGAUGGCUUUGGUGCUGGUAGAGGUUUUGGAAGGGGUAUGCCUGGAAGGAUGGGUGGGCGUGGUUUUGGCUUGGAGCGGAAAACACCUCCACAAGGCUAUAUAUGCCACAGAUGCAAGAUUCCUGGACAUUUUAUUCAACACUGCCCUACAAAUGGGGACCCUAAUUACGAUAUUAAAAGAGUAAAGCCUCCUACUGGUAUUCCAAAGUCAAUGCUGAUGGCGACCCCAGAUGGCUCAUAUGCUUUACCUAGUGGUGCAGUUGCUGUGUUGAAGCCAAAUGAGGCUGCUUUUGAGAAAGCAAUUGAAGGCUUACCUUCAACACGGCCUGUUGGUGAUCUUCCACCUGAACUUCACUGCCCCCUUUGUAAGGAAGUUAUGAAGGAUGCAGUCUUAACAAGCAAAUGUUGUUUCACGAGCUUCUGUGACAAGUGUAUAAGGGAUUACAUCAUCUCAAAGUCAAAGUGUGUAUGUGGGGUAUCAAAUGUCCUUGCAGAUGAUCUUCUUCCUAACAAGACUCUUAGGGAUACAAUCAAUCGAAUUUUGGAGUCUGGUAACAGUAGUGCUGAAAAUGCAGGAAGCACCUUUCAAGUUCAAGAUAUGGAGUCCGCACGCUGUCCGCCACCGAAGAUUCCAUCACCCACGCAGUCUGCUGCAUCUAAGGGAGAACACAAAACGUCUCCUGGUAAUGAAGUAUCUCCAAAUUUAAACAAGGAAAUAACAGAGGAGAAGCCUGUUAUUGCUUCUCAGCAAGUCCCUGAGAAAGUGAGGACUGCUAAAGCUGCGGAUGUAUCUGAGGCUACACAUGAGUCGAUGAGUGUGAAGGAGCCAGCAUCACAAGGAAGUGCUCCACUGGCUGAGGAAGAAGUGCAGCAGAAGCUGGCUCCUGGUGAGGCAGGGAAGAAAAAGAAGAAGAAGAAAGUUCGCAUGCCUCCAAAUGAUAUGUGGAAAGCUUCUCAGGAUCUUGCAGCUGAGAGCUAUAUGAUGCCUAUGGGUCCCUCUGCCUUCAAUCCGUAUUGGAAUGGCAUGCAGCCGGGAAUGGAAUACAUGGCUCCUUAUCCGGGUCCAAUGCCCUUUAUGGGUUAUGGAUUAGGCCCCUUGGACAUUCCAUUUGGGGGUGCUAUGCCUCCAGAUCCUUUUGGUGCCCAGGGUUAUAUGAUGCCUGUUGUUCCACCUCAGAGGGAUCUUGCUGAAUUUGGAAUGAAUAUGAAUCUUGGACCUCCUCUAAUGAGCAGGGAGGAAUUCGAGGCCCGGAAAGCUGAUGUCAGGAGGCGUCGUGAAAAUGAGAGACGAGCUGAGAGGGAGUUUCCCAGAGAUCGGGAAUUGGGUAGGGAAAUGAGCAGCAGUGGUGAUGUUUCUUCAAUGAAAUCUAAGUCAAUACCACAAUCCAGUGGCGAUCCCCACCUUCAUCACCGUCGCCGGUCUGAGAGAUCAUCACCAGAACGCCCAGCCCGUGAGCUUGACCCAUUACCACCGCGUCCAUCUAAAAGAAAAUCCGACCAUCACUACCACCAUGAACACAGCGAUAGAGAUGCUGACGAUUUUGAUUACCACGAGCGUGACCGCAGUGAACGAGACCACCGCCAACACCACCGCCACCGUCCAGAAUCCUUGUCCAAACCUGUCUCUGAGGCAACCACUAAAGCCACUUCAACAUCAGCAACAGACCGCAAGCAAAAAGUUAGUGUUUUCUCUCGCAUUAGCUUUCCAGCAGAAGGAGAACCUACCAGUAAAAAGCGCAAGGUUUCUUCCUCUAGUGAAGCAACACCAGCUGCUGGUGUUGCAGCCCCUGCAUCUUCUGCACGUCACAAGUCUUCAUCGCCUGUUAAUAAUGGCUACUAUGAUGACUAUAAGUCGUCUGUGAAAGCUAGAAAGAGCAGUGGCAGUGCUGCUGCGGCCGCCGCUGCCAUGGAAUACGAGUCCAGUGACGAUGACAGGCACUUUAAGAGGAAACCCUCUAGGUACGAGCCGUCACCACAACCGCCAGUAGAAUGGGAGGAGGAUGUUAAGCAUUCAAGAAGGGAAAAGGAGCGGAAGCAUAGAUAG